CUCCUCUCGUCAGUUGUAGCCGCAGCCUUCUAGAAUCAGUCCGUGCAGAACAAGCCGCUCUACAGCCUAAACUAUUACCAACAUAUUGUGGUUCUGUUAGAAACGAAGGUUUCAGGAUGUCCCAGAAGAUCAAGGCAGGGUCGGUGGUGGAGAUGCAGGGGGAUGAGAUGACCAGAGUCAUCUGGGAGCUCAUUAAGGAGAAGCUCAUCUUCCCCUACCUGGAGAUGGACCUGCACAGCUACGACCUGGGCAUGGAGAACCGCGAUGCCACGGACGACAAGGUGACGGUUGAGGCGGCGGAGGCGACGCGGCGCUACAACGUGGGCAUUAAGUGUGCCACCAUCACGCCGGAUGAAAACCGGGUGGAGGAGUUCAAGCUAAAGCAGAUGUGGCGCUCACCCAACGGGACCAUCCGUAACAUCCUGGGAGGCACCGUGUUCAGGGAGGCCAUCAUCUGUAAGAACAUCCCCCGCCUGGUGCCCGGCUGGGUCAAACCCAUCAUCAUCGGCAGGCAUGCCCACGGAGACCAGUACAAGGCCACAGACUUUGUGGUACCUGGACCUGGGAGACUGGAGAUGAAAUUCACACCCAGGAUUGGGGAGCCAAUGAACUUUGUCGUCCAUGACUUUGAAGGUUCAGGUGGUGUGGCUCUGGGGAUGUACAACACAGACAGCUCCAUCAGGGACUUUGCCCACAGCUCCUUCCAGAUGGGGCUGCAAAAAGCCUGGCCUCUGUACCUCAGCACAAAGAACACCAUCCUCAAGAAGUACGACGGACGCUUCAAAGAUAUCUUCCAGGAGAUCUAUGAAAAGCAGUACCGCUCUAAGUUUGAGCAGAAGGGGAUCUGGUAUGAGCAUCGCCUGAUUGAUGACAUGGUGGCUCAGGCCAUGAAGUCUGAUGGAGGAUUCAUCUGGGCCUGCAAGAACUACGACGGGGACGUCCAGUCUGACUCUGUAGCCCAAGGUUAUGGGUCCCUUGGUAUGAUGACCAGCGUGCUCAUCUGUCCUGACGGUCGUACGGUGGAGUCGGAGGCGGCCCACGGCACGGUAACACGCCACUACAGACAGCACCAGCAGGGCAAGGAGACAUCCACCAACCCCAUCGCGUCCAUCUUUGCGUGGUCGCGGGGGCUGCUGCACCGGGCGAAGCUGGAUGACAACGCAGAGCUGCGUGUGUUUGCUGAGGCCCUGGAGGUCGUCUGCGUGGAGACCAUCGAGGCUGGCUUCAUGACCAAGGAUCUGGCUAUCUGUAUCAAAGGCAUGGCAGGUACCAAACGCUCAGACUACCUGAACACCUUUGAGUUCCUGGAUAAACUGUCAGAGAACCUGAAGACCAAGAUGUCCAACCAACCCAAACUGUGAUCACCUCAUCUCCCAACUUUAAACACACACACUAUUGACAGCAGGGACUAUGGGCCCCGGCCAACACUGAACCACGGGGGACUGUCUGCCCAGAACGCAACCAGAGCUUCUAGAAGACCUAGGACCCUCGAGACUUAAUCAUUCCCUCCACAAGCAGGUUGUCUGCUUCAAGGAGGUGUCUUGUCCAGGGGGGGAUGUCCUCCCAAAGCUAAUUAAUCAUUCCUAUCUAAACUACUUGCCAUUGCUGUCCCACUCUCCCCAUGCUUGCUGUUGCUUGGCAAUAUGAAUAUUCAUGUGGACUCAUUAAACUCAACUUGCCUCUUA